GACACCCCCCCCUUCCGCCACUACUGUAACUGAUCACUUGCCUCCAGGCGGUCUCCAAGCUUGUUUUUUUGACUCUAUUUUCGGUUGCCAACAUGCAUGCCUUCCCUCCUCCCACUCCACAUGUACACAUAUAUUCAUAUCACUUUGUUUUGCAUACUCUCUUUCUCUCCCCUUGGACUCUCGCCAAACCCAUACUCCUCCUUCGCUGUGAUCCUCUCGCCUCUCCAAUAUCCGCUAUAGAUCCAAAGAAUACUUCUCAUCGAUAUAGCACACGCGGCACCGCCGUCCCUCGUACAGCAAAGGGUUGGUCAGCUCGGCGAACAAUGCGUAACUAUGCCGUACCUUUCAACCUCAGCGUUCACGACAUGAACAUGUCCUUCCGUUUGAACACGACCGUGCUGCUAUUCUCAUGCGUCCAAGAGCAACGCCAUCCACCAGUUCCGCGUCGGGAAUUGAUACAGCGAUCGAAUCGCCUGCCAUUGCGCGACGGAGCUCCCUGGCGAGAGUGUGCACUCGCUUAUCUAUUUCCCCCCUCCCUACUUGAGUUGAUUUCUAUGUAUUUAUGUAACGCGACGGUGGUGGAGCGCAAGGGCCAAGUCGGAUGCAUUGAGUCUCGAAUCUCGCUAUUUGUCUCGAGCCGAGUCUGCCAAGAAUCGCUAUCGUUUGGAGGCCUGUGCACGGCCCGUCCUUCUCUGCCUCGCUCUCCUUCCCAUCGCUCGACACCCGCCUUGCCGCCAUUCUUCUAUUUGCCGGGGGGCGGCGACGGUGGUGGUGGUGGUGGUGGUUCUGAAUGCGGUCUCGCUCCCUUUUGCUCGGAUGGAAAAAAUUGAAGGACAGUCCGUUAUGGUAGUUGAAAUAAGAAAUAGACACUGCUUUGUUGACGAUGAUGCAUUUGGGGGGAGGAGAGGGGGGGGGAGGGGAUGAUGGUCGUAUGCGUCAGUUUGCUCUUCCGUCCUGCUAAC